UGCGCGCAAAACACCAUGGGUAAAGCACAGGUAAACCACAAGCUGUUAUUUCCUCCCCUCCCCCUCCCCCUCGAUGAACCCAUGGUUACGAUUCGCACACUUGUUUAUGCUGUAUUUCAAGCGGAACAAAAUACUCAAAUUACAACCAUAAUCUCAUAAAUCAACCCAUUCUUUAUAACUUAUUCGCUGAUUUUGUGAUAAACUGCAUUGUGAAUGGAUGGAAGUGACGACAAGGGCAAAAUAAACGAGGGACGAGUGAAAACAUUCGCCCCACCUGAAAUAAUCGCCGCCAUUUUGGAUCCCGAGGACGCCCUUGAAACUGUUAGAAACACGGGCGAAAAUGGCGUGGAGAGCCAAGCAAAUGAUCAACGUACCACCCUCACAGCGCAAAUAUUAAGUAUGGAGGACGGAGAGCCUUUUGGGAAUGAUAACAUCUCCAGAGAGGACGAGCUUUUGCGCGACUCUUUGAACGAUUCGCUUGAAUUCGAGGUAAAAGAUUCGUUUCAAGAUGAGGAAGAAGCUAACCGAAACUCUACUGCUAAAGACAAACGAUCAACAAUCAACUCUGUGAAUUCUAAACACGAGUCAAUCAAAUCUCGACAAAGUGUCAAAAGUGUUCAAAGCACUUCCAAUGAGGUACCGAAUGCCAAAAAUAAAAGUGCCAACCCACAGAAGUUGGGAACAAAAACAAAAACAGAGCCUUCCCCACCUAAAGUUAAUUUUAUCGACAAGAAUAAAGAGGUCGGCAAGAGGACUAAAGGUGGUAGUUAUGCUGCAAAAUUUCAGCAAAAAGUCAAAUUAAAAUACGAUAAGGAUUUUAAAGGAGGUCAUAGCACAACUACUAAUAAUCUUCUUGAAGAAACUUCUGAGCAAUACGAUUACUUCGAAUCAUCAUUUAACUCAAGGACUGGCAAUGCACUAAGUAACACAUCUGGUACUCACCUCAAUGCAAACAUGUACAGGGGAUAUGCCAGUAAUAUGAGUACGUAUUACAACCCUGAGAACACCUAUGGGCUGAAUAACAACCCUUAUAGCAUGCCACAGGAGUAUGCUUACUGGGGCAGUGUGGUUGAUGCCCAGUAUCAGUAUUUAAACCAGCCCUACCAGACACCGUAUAGUGAUUUUGGCCUGAGGUAUAGUAACCAUGGGCAACAGAGCUACCAGCCAUUAGCAGGUACUGCAACAUACCCAUAUAAUGGGUACCAUAGAGCCUAUCCAGUGAUGACUCAGGGUUAUACCUCCUACUCAUCGCAAUCAGCUCCACCCGGCGGCCCAAACUAUGCUAGACAGCCUCUUAUUGAACGUGUGGAAUUUUUUGCUGAGCAUGAUGAUCUAGCUUUAUCACUACCAAAUUCCAGAUUUGUUAAUAAUUCCCAAAGAUUUCAAGAAUGUUCGUUGAUGCAAAGGAGAUUUGUGUCAGAGCCACAGCUCUCUACAUCACCUAUGAUAAAGGAUAGUAAAGGACCAGAGUCUGGAAAUAAUGGUGGAGACUCGCUCACAAGCCCUCGGCAACCAGUGGAUUAUAAACCUUAUACGUUAAAGGAGUAUCGACAGAUAAGGAAUGAGCAGCCUAGUCAGAUGGGGAGUCUAGGGCCAGAUACAGAUUCCGAAGAGUACAAACAAAAGUUAUACAAGUUAAAUAAGCAGAAGGAAUAUGCCGAGAUGCUGCGAAGCCAACAUGCAGCACUCAAGCCACACUGGGAGAAAAAGGCCCCGCCCUUAAACCCCACCCCAGCAAGACUCAAGCAAGCAGAGGCUAAGCGUAAAGCUGCCAUGAACUAUGCCAAAACAGUGCCCAAACCUAAGACAAUGACACCCAGACAACCUUACAUCAGAACAGAGCAGCCUCAAAGUCUGGCUGAGACCGGAGAUCUUACAUUGGUGGAGAUACUGAGACUGCGGCAUGAGAAGGAGAAACAUGAGGUAGAUGUCAUCAGAAAAGACAUAGCAGCAAAAAUAAGGCACUAGAUUGUACAAUAUAUAGCUUAGAUACAGGUACUGGUAUGCUCCCUAGGCAGUGUGUAUACUGUACAUCCUUGGACAAACAUUCUUGGGUGCACAUCUGAGAAGCAAAUCUUCUACUGAUCAGAAGUGUCAUUGGUGGCUUAAUGUGGAUAUGGGGACAUAGUUGCUUCAAUUAAAUUGGGCAAAAGGACAAUGCCCACCACCUUGACACAAAAGAACAAGAUAAUAGAGAUUAAAGCACCCAUUAUCAGAACAAAGAAUGUAAGACAAAAGCAACUAGUUCAUAAUCAUUGUAAUGUGGAUCAAAAUACUUCAUGGAUCCUUUCUACGGACAUAAUGUUGAAUUAAUAUCCCGAUAUUUUUUUGUAGAAAAGGUAUAAAUAAGAACAUCAAAUGAGGCUCAGAUAGUAUGUAUAAAUUAAUUGACUUGGCUCAAGACAUAGAACAAGGUUUUGGAAAAGCUAUCAUAUAUAUUUUAAUAAUUUAUAGAAUAUGUACAAAUAGGUCUCAUCUAAUGCAUGUAUUUGUUUAUGUCAUUAUCAGGCUCCUUUACAUGCACAUAUUUAUAAAACCUAUUUUAUUGUAU